UUCUUGGUAAGUCAUUAAUCGUGUACUUAUAAAACGACUUAAAGAGAAAUGUGAAAAUAUAAUUUGAUCAUUCAAGUUUUUUAUUGAUUACAUUUAUUUAUAUGAUUCAUUAAUAAUACUACAACCGAGCUCUGGUAAUCAAAAAAGUAGUUGCAGAGGUCAUAAAAGUUAUCUAGAAAAUCAAAAAUUAAUUUCAUUGUAUCAAAAAUGAAUCUGUUGGUGAAAUUGGUGACUGUUUUUGUCUUGACAGCGAUCUUAAUCAUAGCAAUUGUCAUACAUUUUAAAAUGGAAGAUAGUUUAGAAGACGAAAAAUUUACAGGAAUAGUACCCGGUAAUCUACUGAUUCCCUAUAGUUUAGACUCUAUAAUUGCAGCCAAACCUUGGAAGUCUACUCAUCGCUUAUCUCCUUACAUUCACCCUAAGCAGUACUUCAUUAAAUUGCACCCAAAUCUUGAACAAGGUACAUUUGUUGGUUCUGUCGAUAUUACAUUGGUAUUGGACACUCCCCAAAGUUACAUUAAACUACACUCAAAAGGACUGAACAUCAAAGAAUCCAAGUUAAAUUCAAGUAUUGUAACAGCAUUUUCAUAUCCUGAACAUGAAUUUUGGGUUGUGGUGCCUAAUUCAGAAUUGAAUGCUGGAGAACAUAAAUUACAAUUAAAAUUUGAGGGCAGUUUAUUAAAUAAAAUAAUUGGAUUUUAUCGUAGUAGUUAUACUGAUAUAAAAAGUAAUGAAAAGCAUUUUAUUGCUACUUCAAAGUUUGAACCAACAUAUGCACGAUUGGCAUUUCCGUGUUUUGAUGAACCGCAGUUGAAAUCUAAAUUUAAAAUCAGUCUUGUGCGGCCAUCUGGUAACAACUACAUUGCAUUGUCGAAUAUGAACCAAGAAUCUGAAGAGCUCAACAUUCCUUCUAAGGGAUUGACUACUGUUCAUUUUGAAAAUACUGUUCCUAUGUCUACAUACUUAGCAUGCUUCAUUGUAUGUGAUUUUCAAUCACUUGAACCACUGAAAUCAGAUCAAGGAUUUUUAUUAACAGUUUAUGCCAGACGUGGUCAAUCUGAAAAUAUGAAGUAUGCUCAAUUUGUAGGUCUUAAGUCAAUUAACUUUUACGUAAAUUAUUUUGGUAUUCAAUAUCCAUUACCAAAAUUAGAUCUCAUAGCGAUCCCAGAUUUUGUUUCUGGUGCUAUGGAACACUGGGGUUUAGUGACUUUUCGUGAAACAAGAGUUUUGUAUAAAGAAGGAAUAAGUUCUAUUAAUGAUAAAGAAAGCGUUGCUUUGACUGUUGCUCAUGAAUUGGCUCACAUGUGGUUUGGAAAUCUUGCUACUAUGAAAUGGUGGAAUGAUUUAUGGCUUAAUGAAGGAUUUGCUUCUUACAUGCAAUUCAAAGCUUUAAAUGUUGUUCAUCCUGAGUGGGAUAUUGAUACUUUAUUCCUAAUUAAAAGUCUUCAACUAGUACAAAAAAUAGAUAAGCAACUUAGUUCACAUGCUAUUGUGGAAAAUGUUUCUCAUCCAGAUCAAAUAACUGAAAUUUUUGAUUCCAUAUCAUACAACAAAGGUUCUUCUAUAAUACGAAUGUUAGAAGGAAUGUUGGGUGAAGAGAUUUUCAAAAGUGGUGUAAGUACGUACUUAAAACGGUUUGAAUUUAGCAAUGCUGAGACUGAUGAUUUGUGGGCUGAAUUACAAAAAGCAACUCAGAAUACAAUUAAUGUUAAAAAGGUAAUGGACACAUGGACUUGUCAAGCAGGUUUUCCUGUAGUAACUCUUACACGAAAUGGAAGUGAACUGACAAUGAAACAGCAAAGAUUUUUAGCAAAUCCAAAUGCUGAAUAUUUGUCCGAAUCAUCUCCAUACAAUUACAAAUGGGAAAUACCAAUCACUUACAUUACUUCAAACAACAAAACUGUAAAUAAACUUUGGUUUUCUAAAGAUCAGAAUAAAAUUACGGUAGAUAUUCCUAAUGCAGAAUGGAUAAAAUUAAAUUAUAGGCAGACUGGAUAUUACAUAGUCAAUUAUUCAGAAAGUGACUGGUCUCUACUUAGCAGUUUAUUAAAAAAUGAUAUUGAUGCAUUGAGCGCUGCAGAUCGUUCAAAUCUUAUACAUGAUGCUUUUAAUUUGGCAGAAGCUAAUCUUUUAUCAUAUAGCACAGCUUUGAACAUGACAAAAUAUUUAGUUUCUGAAUAUCAUUAUGUUCCUUGGUAUGUAACUUCUUCAAAAUUAAUUGAAUUAAGAAAUAAGUUGUAUCAUCGAGAAGUACGAUACAAUAUAGAGAAAUAUAUGCAAAAAUUAAUGGGAAGUAUCAAUGAAGAUUUUUGGAUUGAAUCAAUCGAGAGAAACUUUUUGCAACGUAGACUUCGAAGUAUAAUACUUAAAUUUGGAUGUAUUAGUGAUUUAGCAAGCGUUCGAACAAAAGUUUAUGAAUUGUUCAAAACAUUUUUGGAUAAUAAAAUCAAACCAAAUUCUGAUAUUAGAUCUUCAGUUUAUUAUUAUGGAAUACUUAAUAGUAAUGUUAGCGAAUGGGAAAAAGUAUGGAAUUUAUAUUUAAACGAACAAGAACCUCAAGAAAAAGUAUUGCUCAUAAAAGCAUUGACUGCUUCAAAAGAUCCACAAAUAUUAACUAGAUUAUUAGAAUAUUCAAAAAACGAAAGCUAUGUACGUUCACAAGAUUACAUCAGUGUUUUAAUGUAUAUUGGCAACAAUCACAUAGGAUCUUCAUUGGUCUGGGACUUUGUGAGAAAUGAAUGGCAGUACUUAGUAGAUCGUUUUAGUCUUAAUGACCGUACAUUGGGAAAACUCAUUCCCAUAAUUUGUUCAAGUUUUAAUACACAAGAACGUCUCAAAGAAAUGGAAGAAUUCUUCAGUAAGUAUUCAGAAGCCGGUGCUGGAAAAGCCGGUCGAAAAACUGCACUUGAAACUGUAUCUAAUAAUAUCAAAUGGUUAGAACUUCAUGAAACUUUAAUUAAUAAUUGGUUAAUAGCUAAUUCUAAUUAAUUUUUUAAAGAAGAUUGAUUGAUUUAUUUAUGUUUGA